AUGGCGAGCCAAAACCCUUUCGGCCCUCAACCAGAUUUCGACCUCAUUGCCGAUGAGCUUAGGAAGACGCAAAAUCUCCCUGCGGUGACCAAUGGCGACCGAAUUCUAGCUCAGAUUCAAGCCCUUCAUCAAGAAUUCACAGUAUUUCGUCAAGAAUCUGCAGAAUUUCGUCAAGAGGCUGCAGAAUUUCGUCAAGAAACUGGUCGGGAAUUCGCAGCCAUUCGUCAAGAGCUUACAGAAUUUCGUCAAGAAACUGGUCGAGAAUUCACAGCCGUUCGUCGAGACAUCGCAGGUGAUCGUCGAGACAUCAUAGGUCUUCGUGAAGACGUCGGAGGCACUCGUGAGGACAUCACAGGCAUUCGUGAACACGUCACAGGUCUUCGUGAAGACGUCGGAGGCAUUCGUGAAGACAUCACAGGUCUUCGUGAAGACGUCGGAGGCAUUAACCUGGCGAUACGCGCAUCGAAUCACAACAAUACAGCUCGAGUCCAAAACACGUACCUUGCAACCAGCUCGGACCCUCUUUCACCAUUCGUCAAUGCCUCGACUGCAGACCCUAUCCCAAACUUUCCUAGAUCACCACAGGAACUUGGGCAAUUGACUACGAACCGCAUUAAUCUUAUCUUGCGACAGCUAGAUCUUGCCCCUGGCCCAGGGGUGGAUCUGGCGACAAAGAAGCAGAUGCUGAGAGUGCAUAUUGGGUUGACAGAGGUCGCCGGCCGAUCGCCUCCCUGA